UCACAUCUCCUCGUAAGAAAAUCGAUUUACAAUAUCGCGCAUUACAGAAUUAUGAAUUCACUUGUGGCCAACUCGCGUUUUGAAAAAGAAGUAUUUUAAGUUUUGGAAAUGGCUCGCAUUAUUAAAAACGUAUCCUCGCUCCACGUUCGUGUAUUCCUGUCGUGUUGCUUUUCUCCUCGUUGGUCGGGCGGUGCUCCGUUCGGACGAUCCCCACGCGCGUGAACAGCGCUCGGUGCUUUGCUCGGACGACUCGCCGCACUGAAUCGCAGCAACUUCGCCAUCUUCACCGGGGGAAUCCAAGAUGCAGUCCACCGCGGUGCGCUCAUCCUGUAAUGGGAGCAGCGUCUUCAAUCGCCACCCCCAGUCCACCCUCGGAACUCGCGAUCUUUCACGAGCUAAUCUGACGCCCAAUCCCGGCUUCAAAUUUCGCACCUUCCCGUCAUCGAAAUCGCCCUCGCCGUCGACUUCUCGUCAUUCAAUCGCAAUAUCUCGAUGCCUACUGCCCUCGGAAGCACCGGAACGCCCUCCUUUUGUUAAAUCUACUUCGAAAGUGGGUGCUAAGUUCUGGCCGCUUCACUGCGGAAUUUCGACGAACACCUUCGAUCCGAGCGAGGGUAGAAGCUUCCGAGACUGGAUUGAGCUGGUGGGUGAAGUGAUAUCGACGGCAUUUCCCAUAUGGGUGGCGCUGGGGUGCUUGUUGGGGCUCGUGAAGCCGAGUUGCUACGACUGGGUCAAGCCCAAGUGGAGCGUUCUUGGGAUCGCGGUGACCAUGCUCGGCAUGGGCAUGACCCUCAGUUUCGAUGAUCUUCGUGGCGCUUUGGCCAUGCCCAAGGAGCUGAUCUCCGGGUUUUUGCUCCAGUACUCGGUGAUGCCGAUCUCUGCAUUUCUUGUCAGCAAGCUGCUGAAUCUGCCAUCGCAUUAUGCGGCCGGAUUAAUAUUGGUUGGCUGUUGCCCUGGCGGGACGGCUAGUAACAUAGUCACUUAUCUUGCACGGGGAAAUGUCGCUCUUUCAGUGUUGAUGACAGCUGCAAGCACUAUAUCAGCUGUGAUAAUGACUCCAUUUCUGACCGCAAAACUUGCUGGACAGUAUGUCGCGGUUGAUGCAGCUGGACUCCUGCUUUCGACCCUUCAGGUAGUCCUUCUUCCCGUCCUGGCCGGUGCAUUUCUUAACCAGUAUUUCCAGAGUUUGGUUAAGUUAGUUUCCCCCUUGAUGCCACCGAUUGCUGUGGCAACUGUGGCUGUAUUAUGUGGAAAUGCAAUUGCACAGAGCUCUUCAGCAAUACUCUCGUCGGGUCGACAAGUUCUGCUUGCCGCGUCUCUUCUUCACGCAUCUGGAUUUUUCUUUGGCUAUAUACUCUCUAGAAUACUUAAGCUGGAUGAGGCAUCAGCAAGGACUGUCUCAAUCGAGGUGGGCAUGCAGAACUCGGUGCUGGGAGUAGUUCUGGCCACUCAACAUUUUGGGAACCCGCUGACGGCAGUGCCAUGUGCAGUCUCGAGUGUUUGUCAUUCGAUUUUUGGUAGCGUCUUGGCAGGAUUCUGGAGACGCUCUUUGCCCUCUGAAAAGCUCAAGUAGCAGUCUUUUGCUUUAGCUUCUGAAGAUGUUUAUUCUAGACUUUCAGCUUCUCUUCUCCAGUGCUGGCAUUGAGAUCGAAUGUUUGGGAAUUGGGAUGCGAUCAGAUUUAGCCCUUGUGGCAUAACGGUCAAAAAAUUCUGCAUUGAAGCAUGCUCGUUAGUCAACUAGAACGCAGAAAGAAAAUGUAUGGCAAGUGCAAAUGUCACAAGUUGUUACCCUUUCUGAAGAUUUGCAUUGCAUCAAGUCAAACACAUCACAAAUUGCCAACUA